AAAACAUCUUUCAGCACACUGAAACAAACAGUCCAAAUCUCUUUGAUAUGAAAGCUGCAUGACCUCGCAACAACAAGAGAAAGAAGUGGGGUGCUCAGGCCCCUGUUGAUAAGCGAUAAGACACCCCUGCCCCCCCGAGCUGCUAGGGGAAUGCUGUAUCAGCUGCCUGGAAAAAGAACUUUUUUGACCUAUGUCGGGGAACCAGGCAGGGACUGGCGCCGAACACCCAAGAGAGGCCAGAAAAAUCGCGAAUCAGUUUGCCGUUCACCUUCCGAAUUGUAGUCAUCGCCUCCCCUGUGGUCAACUUUGGGGUUUAAGCUUCACUUUUCUUUUCUCUUUCCCCGUCCCUACAUCUCAUCUGCCUAACCAUCUACAGAGUGGUAUAAUUGGACAGCCACAACAACCUAAACUGGUUGUCACCCUUGGUCAUACUUUGGCCUACCACCUACAGCAUCUUUUUUUUUCUGGGUGGUUUUGCAAGAGGGCACAGAGACAACCCUAGGUUGUUGUUGUACGCACCUGCCAAGAAUUGCCUUUCUUUUAUUCUCUCACUUUCUUACAACCAAAGUCUCGACAUAACUUCCUCACCUGAGACCAUCGGAACUGGAUACACCCCAAGCAUCAUGUGUGGGAUCAUAGGUCUCAUCCAGGGCCAUUGGGAGGACCAGUCCGGCCAGAAUGUGGCCGCACAAGAUCUUCAUGAGGCACUUUACUACUUGCAGCACCGAGGACAGGAUGCGGCCGGUAUUGCAACCUGCAGCACAGGUGGUCGGAUUUACCAGUGCAAGGGCAACGGUAUGGCGGGUCACGUCUUCAAGAACGGAGAGCGUGUCCUUGACCUGCCAGGCUUCAUGGGCGUCGGCCACCUGAGAUAUCCUACGGCUGGAACGAGUGCCAGCGCUGAGGCUCAACCAUUCUACGUCAACAGCCCCUACGGUAUCUGCUUUGCACACAACGGCAACCUCGUCAACGCGCCCGAGCUCAGAGAGUACCUGGAUAAGGUCGCACACAGGCACAUCAGCAAGUACACGGACUCGGACAGCGAGCUGAUGCUGAACAUCUUCGCCAAUGAGCUGAAUGAGACUGGUAAGGCACGUGUCAAUCAGGAGGAUAUCUUUAGUGCGCUGUCACGAAUGUACGGACGUUGCCGCGGAGGAUACGCCUGCGUGGCCAUGGUUGCUGGGUUUGGCAUCCUGGGUUUCCGCGACCCUUACGGCAUCCGGCCCCUCGCUCUCGGCUCGAGGCCUUCUGCCGACAAGGAGGGCGCCAUGGACUACAUGUUUGCCUCGGAAUCCGUCGCCCUGAAGCAGCUCGGCUACAGCAACAUCCGUGAUAUCCUGCCCGGUGAGGCCUGCUUCAUACGCAAGGGCUGCGAGCCUGCCUUCCGCCAGGUCGAAGAGCAGAAGUCCUACAGCCCCGACAUCUUCGAGUAUGUCUACUUUGCCCGCCCAGACAGCAUCAUAGACGGCAUACCCGUGCACGGCGCACGCCAGAAGAUGGGCUACAGACUGGCCGACAAGAUCCUGCGGACCCUAGGCGAAGAGGCCGUCAAGGAGAUCGACGUUGUCAUCCCGAUCCCCGAGACGUCCAACACCUCCGCCGCGACCGCCGCUGAACGCCUACAAAAGCCCUACUCGAUGGGCUUCGUCAAGAACCGCUACGUGUUCCGGACAUUUAUCAUGCCCGGCCAAAAGGCGAGACAGAAGAGCGUGCGUCGCAAGCUCAGCGCCAUGGACUCCGAGUUCAAGGAUCGCUGUGUGCUGUUGAUCGACGACAGUAUCGUGCGCGGGACAACAAGCAGAGAGAUCGUGUCGAUGGCCCGUGAGGCUGGCGCGCGCAAGGUCAUCUUUGCGAGCUGUGCACCGCCUAUCACGCACCCUCAUAUCUAUGGCAUCGACCUCGCCUCCCCCAGUGAGCUCAUCGCCCACGAACGUGACCGCUUCGACAUCGCCAAGCACAUUGGCGCUGAUGAGGUCAUCUACCAAGAGCUGGACGACCUCAAGGCCUGCUGCGCGGAGCUGUCCCCCCGCAAGGCACAGGACUUCGAGGUCGGCGUCUUUUGCGGCAAGUACAUUACAUCCGUGCCCAAUGGCUACUUUGAGCACCUCGAUGCGCUCCGUGGCAAGGCGCGUAGCAGUGCACCUGCUGCCGGCGGCUCCACACAGACGGUGAACGGAGGUGCUGUGCUAGAGGGUAGAAACGGUGCUGCCAACGGAACCAACGCAAAUGGAAAUGGGCUAGACCAGCUGAGGUCGCCUGCGGAUCGGGAAGACAUCAGUAUGCACAAUCUCGCCAACGACCCCCAGAUACGUUAGAUACGAAAUGUUUUGGCUUCUUCUGGCUACCAUGUACAAGGUGAGUGGGGGUAGAUGGCAUAAGGCUCACAUUGGCUAGCCGAGGGUCUCGUUUGAGAUUUGACUGGGCUUCUUUCGGAGAGAAGCAGGUUCUCCCAUGGCGAAUCUGGGGAAAAUACGCGCUCCGUUCUUCCUUAAACGACACGAGGGAUGCUCACGCCAUGGACUUGGAACAUACCAAAGGAUUCUGAGACCAGAAAAACCCUUGAAUCGUGACAUGGUCCUGGGGUUUCAAGAGUUGCAAUGCUAUUCUCGGACUGUGCACUGGGUGGCGAUUCACGCCACUCGGUGACUUUGAUUUUUUUCUACUUCCCUUCUUUCUUCUUACCUGCAUUGUCAUACUCGGCCUGGACGUUCAAAAAGAAAUUGGCAAAAUGGCGUCGGCCAUCAAAAGACAUGAACGUAUUCAUGCAUACCAUAGAAGGGGGUGAGGGGUUCAAUAGAAUGGGGAAUCAAUAGAACGCAGACGCUUACUGCAGCAAAAGCCAGAUUUUGUACCCAAGCUGGUGAACUGUUCACGAUAGGUGUCAUCCUUCUGCUUUCUCUUUCCUGAAAAAGACUUGUCUGUUAUGUGAGACGAUGCGCGGGCAGGCGAAGGAGGAGGCACAAUGACACAAACACGUCGAUUCGUUCGAGCGGGCGUAAAAUGAUCUGAUAAUCUGACCUUCUUGAUACUUAAUACACAAUGGGCAGUGC